AUGAACCCACGGAUCGUCAUCAUUGGUGCUGGUGCGGCCGGUGUUGCCGCAGCCACACGGCUCAUCGAACGAGGCUACAAAAAUGUGAAGAUUCUCGAGGCAGAAAAUCGCAUCGGUGGACGUAUCCAUACCGUUCCGUACGGGGCAAAUGUUGUCGACCUGGGCGCACAAUGGUGCCACGGCGAGAAAGGCAACGUGUGCUACGAGCUUGGAUCAAAGUACAACGUGUUCGACUCGAACAGUGCCCGGUACGAGCGGUUCGUCCUUACCCGCUCGAAUGGAGAACAGAUCCCAAAAGAAAAAAGCGAAAAGCUGCUCGGUCUCAUCUGGUCCAUUCUGGAAACGCACAAACACGAGCUUACCGGAUACCGGGGUUCGCUUGGGUCGUUUAUUAUGGGCAAGUUCCGGGCACUGCUCGAAACGCCUGAGUAUGCGGACGUGAACGAUGAUACGGCGUAUCAGGUGUUGGAAUUUUUCCACAAGUUUGAAAACUCAAUCGAAGCCUCGGACAGUUGGUUCGACACGUCCGGACCGGGUUAUCUGCACUACUGGGAGUGUGAUGGAGAUUUGCUGCUAAAUUGGCGCGAUAAAGGCUACCGGACGGUGUUGGAAAUAUUGAUGAAACGGCACCCACUCGCUACAGCGGCCGAUGCAAUCAAUCUGGAAGACUAUACACACUUCAACAAAACCGUCGCCAACAUUAACUGGACCGCCGGUCCGGACAGUCUCGUGUCGAUACGCUGCACCGACAACACCGUGUACGAUGCAGACCAUGUGAUAUGCACAAUGUCGCUGGGCGUGCUAAAGGAACGCUAUCAGACGCUUUUUACACCCGAUCUGCCACCGAUCAAGCGUAACGCCAUCCAGGGGCUAACGAUCGGCACGGUUAACAAACUGUUUCUUGAGUUUGAUAAACCAUUCUGGGCCAAGGGUUGGCAAGGGUUGAGCUUGAUCUGGAAUCAGGCCGAUUUGGACGAGGUGCGCAAAAUGCCAGACAGUUGGAUGGAGGACGUGUUUGGAUUUUACAUCGUGGACUAUCAACCGAACGUGCUUUGCGGUUGGAUUUCGGGCAAAAAUGCACGCCGCAUGGAACGGGCUAGCGAUGAGGAUGUACGGCGGGCUUGUAUGUUUCUGCUGCGCAAGUUUAUGAAGGGUUGCAGCAUUCCGGAACCGGUGCGUUUCCAGCGUACGAGCUGGUACUCGAAUCCCAACUUUCGUGGUUCGUACACGUUCCGUUCGAUGACGACGGAUUUGUUGAAUACGUCCGCAUCGCAUCUGGCCAUUCCGCUGACGAAUACGUGCGGUAUGCCGGUGGUACAGUUUGCCGGGGAGGCUACGCACGAUCAUUACUACUCGACGGUGCACGGUGCGGUUGAAACGGGAUGGCGUGAAGCGAGUCGAUUGAUCGAUCUUUACGACAGAUUGAUACCACCCUUCAAUCAUGGCCCGAAAGCGUACGUUGACGUACUGAUCCUUGGGGCCGGUAUUGCCGGACUUGGAGCCGCCAAGCAGUUACGCAGCUCGGGCAAAAGUUUUGCCAUUCUCGAAGCACAAUCUGUCCCGGGCGGACGCAUCAGUACGAAAGCGUUGAAAAAGCAUCAUGCCGGUGGGAAAGGUUGUCAGCUGGUUGAAGCCGGUGCGCAGUGGCUUCACGGGCGGCAGAAUGAGCUGCACGAGAUUGCCAAACGGAAUGGGUUGCUGCGCGAGGAAACUUCCGAGGAAGGGCUGGGCGAGUUUUUGCGUGACGAUGGAUUCCGGAUAGACGAUCAUCUCGUGAAGAAGGUUGACUUUAUUGUCGGUCAAAUAUUGGAGCAGUGCGAGGAGUUUGCUGCACGUACCGAGAAGGACGCAACGUAUCCGGCAUCGUUGGAAGCGUAUUUAAGGGAGCAGUUCCGGAAGCGAACGGAGAAGGAUUUUACGCCCGAACAGAAAGCAUUGGCACAGCAGCUGCUCGAUUGGCACUGUCGGUUUCAGAUCAUUGACAACUCGUGUUUGCAUGUGUCGGACAUUUCGGCGAAAUUGUGGGGCAGUUAUUCGUUUAAUGGUGAGAGUUGUCAGGCUCACAUCAAUAUGCGGUACGGAUUUCAGGCACUGGUUAGCUGUUUGAUCGAGGAGAUUGGAAUGGAGAAGAUUGUGUACAAUAAGGCAAUUUGUGAGAUCCGUUGGUUGGAUUCACGCAGCAAAGUGAUUGUGAAGUGUACGGACGGUACGAUCUACUGCUGUCAGCAUUUGAUUGUAACGUUUUCGCUCGGUGUGCUAAAGGACACAAUGGAUCAACUGUUUCAGCCUAAUCUACCAGCAAGCUUUAGCCGAUCGAUCCGUAGCAUCGGUUACGGAACGAUAGACAAAAUCUUUCUACAGUUUGAGGAACCCUGGUGGGGCAAAGCGGAAGGCAUUCAGUUGGUGUGGCGAGACGAGUUGCGGAAGGAUUCACACUGGACGAGGUUCAUCUCGGGAUUUGAUGUGCUCAGUCCUGGUCCCCCAAACACACUGCUUGGUUGGAUCGGAAGCUACGGAGCGCUGGAGAUGGAGGCCCUAAAUGAUGAGCAGAUCGUGAGCGACUGUGUGUUCAUUUUGGAAAAGUUCACAAAGAAAAAAGUACCUAAACCCGUCAAUUAUUACUGUACAAGAUGGAACUCCAAUCGCUACAUUCGUGGUUCGUACAGUUACACUUCAGUUAACUGUGACCACGAGCAAAACUUUAUGUCCAACCUAACGGAAACACUCGUAUGCAAUCAGUACGACAAGUUGGGUGAAGAAUCGCGCAAAAAGGAAUGCUUAUUGUCGAAAAAUGCUUCCUCGGUUGGGGGUGGGAUUCGUUCGGGAAGUGCAGUGACGUCUACGAGCAACACCAGUGGCAACAGUACCAGUAGCAGCAAUAGCAGCAACACCCUAACUAACGUCCCAAUUACAAACCUCAGCACCAACAACACUCCAAGCAAGGUAAUGAUAAAUCAAACUACAACCGAAUCUCUAGUCAAUACUCCGAGCAAAUGUUCGAGUUCUGCCUCGAUAACGUUAACAACCGGUGGUGGUAACGCGAAAGGGACAUCUCAGAGCAAUAGUAAUACUAACGCCACCAGCACCGCAAAGACCAGUGCCACAAUCCACUUUGCCGGCGAAGCUUGCCACGAACGGUACUUCUCUACCGUGCAUGGUGCUUACUUAUCGGGCAUGGAACAGGCCAAAAAGAUUAUGAACCUUGAUAAACACUAA